UGUUACUCAGGGUAUAGGGAAUAGAACCGGUACCGUUACCUAUACCAGAACACUAAUUCUAGGAGGCAUCAGUCUCCAGUCAUCCCCAGCUGUAGGCUCCUACAGAUAACAGCCUUGCUUUGGUGAAGGAAAGGACGCAGAGAGCCCAGAGGACACCGCGCGCGACAUCCUGAAAAAGGAGCAAUUUUAUUUUUGGCCGUUUCGGGUUGCAUUUCUUCAUUCUCCAAGCUCGUCGACGCGCAGUCUUCCUGCAACAAACCCUAGAAUUUGUUUUUAAUUUUUAAUUUCUCGAGACAUCCGGAAAAUCCGGGAUAGCCUACGUCACCGACGUAACCUCUCGCGUUACGUAACACCAAAGAGCGCAACCGUGCGCCAAAUCCCUCAUGUCAAGACGCGCACCUAUGAAGCGCUGUGCUCUUUAUAGGGUCUGAAGAAGAACCGCAUAUCGAGGCUAUUCUUGGUGUUUGUGCACCAUUAGGUUAUACAGGCUGCUUGGUUUGGAUUCAGGAUUUUUUUUGGCGGCCCACAGCCUAUGUUCUUGCUCCGCCGGUUCAUUCUUUAGUGCAAAACGGAUUGGUGAGGUUAAAAAAAAUUAAACAUGUCGGGCCAGACGCUGACGGAUCGCAUCGCCGCCGCGCAGUAUCAGCUCACCGGCUCGGACGUGGCUCGGGCUGUGUGUAAAGCAACCACACACGAGGUGAUGGCGCCCAAGAAGAAGCACUUGGACUAUCUGAUCUCCGCCACCAAUGAGACCAACGUGAACAUCCCACAGAUGGCUGACACUUUGUUCGAGAGGGCCAUGAAUGCCAGCUGGGUGGUCGUCUUCAAAGCGCUCGUCACCACACACCACAUGUGUAUCCAUGGCAAUGAGAGGUUUAUCCAGUACCUGGCCUCCAGGAAUUCACUGUUCAACCUCAGCAAUUUUAUCGACAAAACCGGUACCCAUGGCUACGACAUGUCGACAUUUAUCAGACGAUAUGCGCGGUACCUCAACGAGAAAGCGUACGCUUACCGCGCAAUGGCCUUCGAUUUCACUCGAGUCAAGAAAGGUGCUGAUGGAGUGAUGAGGACUAUGGCUCCUGAGAAACUGCUAAAGGCAAUGCCGGCUCUGCAGACUCAAGUGGACACGCUGCUGGAAUUCGAUGUUCAUCCCAAAGAUUUGAACAAUGGCAUCAUCAAUGCAGCGUUCAUGCUUCUCUUCAAGGACCUGAUUAAACUCUUUGCCUCCUACAAUGAUGGAAUUAUCAAUUUAUUAGAGAAAUAUUUCAAAAUGAAGAAAUCGGACUGCAAGGAGUCGCUUGAGAUCUACAAGAAGUUUCUAACCCGAGUAACUAAGAUUUCAGAGUUUAUGAAAAUCGCAGAGCAAGUUGGUGUGGACAAAAAUGACAUUCCUGACAUAUCUUAUGCCCCCAGCAGUAUUCUGGAAUCUCUGGAAACACACAUGAACAGUCUAGAGGGAAAGAAAGGAGAGGGGUCUCCGACGAAGGGAUCACCUACCAACAACGUCUCUCCAACGUCCACUCCCUCUAAAUCUGCAGCCUCCGUGCCCACCUUGGAGCCGCCUCCCACCGAGGCUGCAUCUGCGGCUGCACCUGCUGCUGCUGCGCCCGCUUCCUCCGAGCCUGCCACUGAUUCUCUGCUGGACUUGGAUCCGUUGUCUUCUUCAGGGCCGCCUGCUUCAUCUGCUCCAACAUCCUGGGGAGAUCUUUUGGGGUCAGAAUUCGGUUCCCUCACUACGGAGACUCUCCUCCCUGACCCCACCCCUGCCGUAGAUUCUACCUCUCCUGCAGCAGCUGUGUCUAGUGCCCCAGCUGGUGAAGGCACUGCUUCUGUAGCCCCUCCCUCUACCACCACGAGCUCAGCGGAUCUCCUAGGAGGUGCGUUUGGAAGUGCAGCAGCUGAGCCAGCCUCUGCUGUAGAGACAGGGGGUUCAGCCACCGCGACUGCCCCUGCUGCUGAUACUUCUGCUACAAAUGACUCUGCAGGCACAGGCAAUAGCCAACCCACAGCUCCAGCUCCAGCAACAUCUGCAGGAGGAGAUCUAAUGGGAGCGUUUGGUGGCUUGGGGGAUAUGCUCAUGCCAGCCAUGGCCCCUCAGUCAGCUGCAGCAGCUCCUGUGGCAGCAUCACCAGUUAAACCAGUAGGAGGAGAUCUGGAUUCUACUAUGGCCAGUUUAGCUGGAAACCUGGGAAUGGGGACCCAGAAGCCGGGUGAAGCAGCAGGAGGGGCAAACUGGCAAGCGCAGGUAGCAGCCCCUAGCUGGGGCAUGCCCAUGCCUGUGCCCUCCAUGGUCUCUCCUCACAUGGUGCCCCAGUUGUCAUUUGGCAUGCCUGGUGCAACAGGCGCAGCUCCCAUGAUGUUCCCCCAGCAGCCUAUGAUGAGACCGCAGUUUCCUGCUGCAGGAGCACCUGCAGCACCGAUGUCUUCUUCUGGAAUGACUCAGAGCCCCAGAAAGCCUCCUCCUCCCAAAGAUCCCCUCGCUGACCUGAACAUCAAGGACUUCCUCUAGGCCACAAUCAGAGCAAGUCAGCGACCAUGACCCUGAGGAAAUGGAUGUGUGCAUUUCUUUUCGGAUCAGUAUCCUCAGGGUCUCCUUCUCUCUCUCUCUGUCUAAUGUUGUAUUAAAACCUGUGAAAGUGAUAAUGUAUAUGUGUGUGCGCAUAUUUUAAUGUUUCCAGGCUAUAUUUAAAAAGACAGCCCAUAAAAAGGUAUUGAUGGAUGCAUCUUAGUUUAUCUGCAAUGAUGGAUGUGUGUUCCUUUAUUUUUUCUGUGAGAAACCUGAACAGACAUGUAAUGUUUUCUGUGGUGAAAAAUAACGUGUUUGGUGUGGUACAUAUCUCUGGGCUCACUGGAUCCAUGUUGUCAUUGAAGUAUUAGUUGUCUCGCUCUUAGCCAUCCAGCUUCUGGGACCACAUGAACGAACACAGCAUUAACAGUCGUAUUCAGGUUUGUGUAGCAUCUCCGUUCUGUUUUUAUUAAUGACUUGCUUUUCUUCCAUUUCCGUCAGUGACACAACCUUGGCCUAUUAACAAACAAUAUGCAUUUGGAAGAUUUUAUCUUUAGUCUUUAUUUUGAGAUAAAAGAAUCUAUUUUAGUUAUGUUGAAAGUACUUUAUGUAUUAAAAGAGGUGGUACAAAAUAUUUCCGGUUGUAAAAAAAAAAAGGGUAUUCCUGCCACCUGGAUGCAAUCUAGCUCUGUUUAAUAGCACCUUGUAGUGAAUAGUGGUAAUGCACAAGAGCUGCUUGGAUCUAAAACUGGAGCAAGAUAUUUACAGAUAUUUUCAUCUACAGAACCAUCUGCUAUUUGUUUUACCAUCAGUCCGUAAUAAUAAUAAUGAUGAUGAUGAUGUUGAUGAUGAUUAACGCUUUAAAUCCAUUACACGAAGGAAAUGUGAAAGAAAAAAACAACUGGUUGGUCGAAAGACUUUUGGAACAAUGUUAUUAUAUUAACAGUGGAUGUGCUGGUUAGUUUUGUUUUCUUUUUUGGUGGAUAUUCAUUUUUUGGAUGUAAUAACCCCCUCUCUGUCUCA